AUGCUAUCGGACAUAUCCAGAUUGUUUGAUCCUUUAGGCCUCUUAGGACCUUUGAUAAUCACAGCGAAGAUGUUCUUGCAGAAGUUGUGGAUUUUGAGAAUUGAUUGGGACGAUGAAGUUCCCUUACACUUAAAUAGAGAGUGGGAAAAAUUUAGUUCUGAAUUGAGUCAAUUGAAAAAUGUAAACAUAGAUCGUCAUGUGUUAUGUUCUGAAGUUCUGAAAGUAGACUUGAUAGGCUUCGGAGAUGCUUCGAAAAAUGCAUACGGUUGUGCUGUCUACACCAGGUCUUUGUCAAGGUCUGGUGAGAUAAAGGUGUCACUCUUAUGCAGCAAAUCUCGAGUGGCUCCCAUCAAAGAAAUUAGUAUCCCACGUUUGGAGCUGUGUGCAGCGGAUUUGCUUUCCAAGCUUACCGUUAAGGUUCUGUCAUCCUUGCAACUAGACAUUGAUAGAGUACAUUUGUACUUGGACUCCACUGUGGUGCUUGCUUGGAUCAAAACUCCAUAUACAUCGUUGAAAACUUUUGUGGCUAAUCGAGUCGCUAGGAUUCAAGAGUAUACUAAGAACUUCCAAUGGCAUUAUGUAAAUACUGCUGAGAAUCCUGCGGACUUGAUAUCACGAGGAGUUUUCCCUUCAAAGAUCCAACAGUUGGACAUUUGGUGGAAUGGACCGUCUUUUCUUUCAUCUAGUAGCUGUCCAAACUUCAAUGACGAUCCUGGUGUCUCAGAUGAUGAAUAUCUUCUUGAGGUUUGUCAAGAACCUAAAAGAAGCAGUGAAGACAACAGGUCCACUGAAUGCUGA